AUGGAUGAAAAGAAUCAGAUCGACAAGCAAUACGAGGAUGUUAGCUCACGCCUAGAGGCACACCAUAUGCGAGACAAGGUUGUACGCAUACCAUAUAGGCUUGUCGCGAGUUGCUUCUAUUUCGAGAAGACGGGACCAGCUAGGGAAGUCGACGACCACUUCGUGGUACAAGGUACUAUCUGCUGUCGAUUUGCAAAAGGUUCCGACAACCUCCGCAGCCUCGGCUGUUUCGACGUCGGUUCCAUUGUUAUACCAGUAUCUCAGCAGACGGGGGUUGUGUCCAUUGAUCUUCACCUAACCAACGAUAAGAGGAAUCCGCACCCAUUCAGCGGCUUCCCGAUCAGUGGCUUCCCUCGUAGUCUGGCUGAUGGCGAACCGCUGAAGAGAACCACCACGCCGGCUUACCCUCAAUCCGAGACGGACCGCACCUCAAUGGCUCAAAAGCGCGAAUUUCUCCGUCGAAAACGUAGCGUGCGCCCACGCUUCUCCAACGACCGGCCUUUCAGCACCGUAAGCGCCGGCAGCAGCAGCAGUAGCAAUAGCACCAAUGAUCCUUUUGAGUGCCCAGAGAACCCGAAUGAUGUAAGCCACUGGGUCCGACGCCGCUUCGAGGCGCGGCGUGCGCCGCCCAGACCAGUGCAACAGCUACCCGAAACGCAGGGCGUGUUCGAGCUUUAUGGGUCGACGGUGCAGGACGUGGGUCUGAAUGAGGAUGAGGACGAUGCCGCGUUGGCACAGGCGCUGGAGAGGAGCGAGAGAGAGGCGCUGCUGGGGCUUCAGAGGACGAAUACUGGGACAGAUGCAGAUGAGCUGCAGAGAGUUAUGAUGUUGUCGCUUCUUGAGAAGUGA